AUGAUAUUAUUGCUUCACCACAUCGAUAAUAGUUUAAAAGAGGAAUACAACACGAAAGAAGAUCCUACAGAUCUUUGGCAAUCUCUCAAAGAUAAGUUUGAUCACCAGAAAUAUGUGAUCUUACCGAAAGCCAAACAUGAGUGGUUAAACUUCCGGUUCCAGGAUUACAAAAGUGUUGGUGAAUAUACUUCUGCUAUGUUCGGAAUUACUUCCAGGAUGGUGUUAUGUGGACAGGAGGUAAGUGAUUUCGAUAUGAUCGAAAAAACUUUCCAAACAUUUCAUCCUGGAAAUGUUAUCCUGCAACAACAAUACCGGGCAAAAGGUUACACCACUUACUCGGAGUUGAUGCAAGUCCUCCUUGUGGCUGAACAAAAUAAUCAGCUCGUGAUGUUAAACCAUCAAACUGGUUCAACUGGAUCAUCGCCAUUCCCAGAAGCGAAUGUUGCGUCAUCCAGUCAAAAUAAUAGGACUGAACACGGGCGCGGUCGAGGCCGUUACCGCGGCGGUCACGGACGAGGUCGUGGAGGAGGAAGAAAAAAUGAUGUUGGUAGGGAAGCAGGAAAGCAAAAAGAAACUGCUUGUUACAGAUGCGGCAUGAAAAAUCAUUGA